GCUCGUCUUCGGGUUAUCCAUUUCCUUUUUUUGGUCACUUAUUUUCUUUUCUAUAUCUUGCUUCGCUUCGUUUGAUCAUAUUCAUAUUUAACUAUCCUUAUUCCAUAGUCAACAUUCUGUGAAGGUUGAAAACGGAUAAUCACCUAUAUAUUUUCUCGCUCUCUCUCCAUCUAUCUAUCCCCACCAUGUCUUCUGAUAACAAGGGCCGUAUCCCCACGCCUUACUCGGACGUGGAUCCUCAAGAUCACCAGUACCAGAGUCACGUGAAGAAACUUCGUCUUGUUGAUAGUGCUCGCAUCGGUCUCACUGGACUGGCCCUCCUUUGCGGCCUGACUAUCCUCGGAACUGCUGCCGAUACCCUGGCUGUAUAUAAUGCAACACACCUCUCGAGCGAUUAUCACUUACCACUGUGGCCUGACCAAUUCGAUCUCCGGCCCACGGUAGCGCUCGUCGUUGGCAGCACUAUUGUGGUCAUUGCCAAUAUCGUAUCUUUGCUAUGUAGCAAAGUCAGGGUGCUUCGCAACCAGACCUCGGUUCACACGCCUCUUACUUUUGCUGCGCCCUUUGUUGGCUUUACGGCUGUCAUGAUCGGCAUGAUUUUCUUCUAUGCUGUUAAUACAUCAGCCACAAAUGAUACGUUACAGAGCUGGAGCUGUCAGUGGGGAUUUGCGAGCAUGGGCGCGAAGCCGCACUUUGGCACUCUAUGCAACGAAAGCCGGGUAGCCCUGUAUCUGUCUGUUAUAUUAGUUCCCGUCGAGUUGAUUGUCUUUACCAUAGCCGGCUACCAGUCGAUCUUGGAAAAGAAAGCGCUCGGUUUCAUCCCGUCUCACAAGACUGGCAGUCCUGUACCAUCAGCGUGAGACUCAGCGUGAGACAGUACCAGGCAAGGAGUGGACCCAACUGGUUCUCGACCUGCACACACCCGCGGCCGCGGGCUAAUGUCCUGCAAUAUGGCGAUGAUCCAUGCAUGGUUGUCGGAGUCCGGUCAUAACGAUAGGUAAGGUGCGCAAGGAAGAUAGUUUACGAACGACCGGUGUAUAAUAGCUAUAAUAGGCCGUCACCGAGAAGUGGCGAUGCAAUAAACAUUAUCUGAAUCGACGCUGCGGGUUGACAUUCUAGGUCGUCUUGAUUUGUAUAUAGGAGGAUAGGUAGACUGAUUGGUGUAAUAUCUCGGUUCUCGGUAGCCCACAAUAACAAUUU